GACACCUCGGGCUGUUGUGUUCAUGGCAGCAGGACACACUAGUUCUGGGUUGUGCACUCAUUUCUCGUCCUAAAUCAGGGGCCCUUGGAACCUCAAACAGUCACCUUGUGGCCCCAGGGCCCCCUGGGGUUGUAGCAGAUGCCCCGUCCCUUUGCCCUAGGCGUGCCCCUGUGGUGACUCGCCAUGCCUGCCUUUUAUCGUUCCACUAACGCUUGCGAGUGCCUGUCCCGUGAAUAAGACACAGUUCAGUGUAGUGUCCUGGUGAGUCACCCGGCAGGCACCGUGGCCUCGGGACUGGGCUGAGCUGGCAAUGACCUGAAGCCUCAGUGAAGUCGGAAAGCGGGGUUCACCCACCGUAGUGAUACUGGGGUCAGGCCAGGGUCCGUGGCGGGUGGGCACUUCUGGGGAAACUGUUUCCACAGUGCGCAAGCCUCUCCUCACAGAUCCCUCAUCACUCGCUGGCGUAGCUUCCGGGGCCCAAUUACCAAACUGCCACCAUCGUGUUCUGUCAUUCCCCCGGAAGCCGAUGUCCUCAGUACUGGCCAGGCUGAGACCAAGGUGUUGCGGGGUCACCACUCUCCCUCUGAAGGCUGCGGGGGAGGGUCCUCCCUGCCUCCUCCAGCUCUGGCAUCCCUCAGCUGUGCCGCACCCCUGCAGCCUCUGCCCCCGACCGCACGUGGACUCUCCCAACCCGUGGCUCACGGGUGGACGGCUUGUUCAUCAUUGGCUGGAUGUACCUGCCUCCCCAUGACCCUCAUGUGGACGACCCAAUGCGAUUCAAGCCCUUGUUCAGGGUCCACCUGAUGGAGAGGAAGUCUGCCACGGUGGAGUGCAUGUAUGGCCACAGAGGGCCCCACAAUGGCCACAUCCAGAUCGUGAAGAAGGACGAGUUCUCCACCAAGUGCAACCAGACGGAUCACCACAGGAUGUCUGGCGGGAGGCAGGAGGAAUUCCGCACGUGGCUGAGGGAAGAGUGGGGGCGGACGCUGGAGGACAUUUUCCAUGAGCACAUGCAGGAGCUCAUCCUGAUGAAGUUUAUCUACACUAGUCAGUACGACAACUGCCUGACCUACCGCCGCAUCUACCUCCCGCCCAGCCACCCGGACGACCUCAUCAGACCUGGCCUCUUCAAAGGCACCUACGGCAGCCACGGCCUGGAGAUCGUCAUGCUCAGCUUCCACGGGAAGCGAGCCCGGGGCACGAAGAUCACGGGUGACCCCAACAUCCCUGCUGGGCAGCAGACGGUGGAGAUUGACCUCAUGCACCGCAUCCAGCUGCCCGACGUGGAGAGCCUCCGCAGCUUCACCGAGCUGUCCCGCAUCGUCCUGGGGGUUCGGGAGCAGGUGCGCCAGGAGCAGCAGCGGCAGGAGAGCGGGGCCCAGGACGGUGAGGGCCAUGGCCCGCAGAGCCCCCGGGAGCCCCAGCCCGGCGUGGAGCUGCCUGCCGAGAAGGGCGGGGAGCCUGUGGAUGGAGAGGCGGUGGCCGAGGCGGCGCCUGCGCCCGAGCAGCCCGCCCAGUCUGGGCAGGGGCAGCCGUUCGUGUUGCCCGUGGGUGUGAGCUCGCGGAACGAGGACUACCCCCGCACCUGCCGGAUGUGUUUUUACGGCACGGGCCUCAUCGCCGGCCACGGCUUCACCAGCCCUGAGCGCACCCCUGGGGUCUUCAUCCUGUUCGACGAGGACCGCUUCGGGUUCAUCUGGCUGGAGCUGAAGUCCUUCAGCCUGUACAGCAGGGUGAGGGCCACCUUCCGGAACGCAGAGGCGCCGUCCCCGCAGGCUUUCGAGGAGAUGCUGAAGAACAUCCAGUCACUGACGUCCUGACGGGCCACUUCCUGCGGGCGGCUCCCGGGGCCCUGGACCCUGCCGCCGGGAUGGGAAGCAGCAUGCACUGUGGAGAUUCGGCCUUCUGACCACAGCACCCACCUCAUAGGAGUCUCGGCCCAGCCACCCCAAAACUCUGUAGAGUGUGCGAUGUGUGCCCAUGCUAGUAGCUCAUGGGAAGGCCGACUGAGCAUGUCUCACAGGAAGAAGGGCCCAGGACAGAACUGUCGGGUGGCGGGGGCUGCACAGCUCUGUGAGCGGCUCAGCUGGACAAACUGGGCUGGGCCUUGGCCUGCUGGUCAUUUUCUAGGGUCGGCCAGAGUGACCCCGGGGCCAGUGAUCGGGAUCGUGUGAGGCGAGUGACUGUGGCUGUGGGCUGGCAAGGGUCCGGGGCGAGGGCCUCUGCGAGCUGAGCGUCCUGCAGCCUGGGUGGGGUGAGUGUGUGCAGAAAUGGGGCUCUGUGGGGGCAGGUGUGUCAGGCCAGGACCCUGGACUGAAUUCCUGUGUGUUUACUAACUUGCUUGGAAUUUGGACAGAAGCAUUUCACCUCUGAUCUGUUUGUGAAUCGGCACCGUGGGGUCAGCAGGGACCGUCAUGGGGGUCCUUCGGGCAGCUGGGAGGCCCUGGCCUCCCUCCAGCUUUAGAAUCCAGACCUUGGCUGCAGCCAGUUUGAGGCAGGGCAUUUGUUUGCACACCCCCGCCCACCUCCUGCACAUGCUCUGGUGGCGUCAGGCCCUGAGCUGAGCCACUUGUCCCAGAACCUUCUUCAGCAAUCUGCAGGGCCACACCUGAACCAGCCCCGCCUUCUCCCAGUUGCUUAGCACGCACGGGUGCUGUUCUUGGACGUGUAAAAACAGCAGAGCGGUUGCAAAAGAGGACUUGGGAGCCCCUUUGCGGGUAACAGGGCAACUUUCCAGAAGAGUCACCCCAUGCAUGUGGAAUGCACUUCGGAGACCAGGGCCUCUCAGGAUCUUCCCGUGUGGAGGCCCUGAGCACGGACGCUUCCGGUGGUGGUGUGCCUGUGAUCCAUCGACACCCGCAUCUGGGGACCCGCUGUCGUGAGGUCCCUGCCGAUCUUAGCGUCUCCUGAAGAGCAGAGCCCUGCUGCACGUAGGCCCCCAACAACUAGCUCUACUCCGCCCCCAGCCUGCAGAGCACGGUUACCGUGCUCCCCUUCUGGGGCGGGGGCACACCUGUCCCCCUGCCUGUGGCUCGUCCUUGCUGGGUGGACUGUGCCGCGCCCUCGUGCAGGGGGCCAGGGACCCCAGGAAAUGGGGCAGCUUGUGGUGCCUUCACGUAGAGACCAGCCUGAGCCGCCCCGUGAAACAGGUCCUGUUUUCCUGAUGACGACUUUCUCCCUGACUGGCCUUUUUUUUUUUUUUUCUUUUCUUUUUUAAAUAAAAAAUCCCUAUUGCUCUAGCUUCAGCACAUUUGGCAACUUUGAACUUCCUUUGCUUCCCAGCAUCAUAGAAUUGAUAAGCUCUGGGGCACGGCCUCUCAUAGGCAGACCUAGGAGGUUCUGUCCAGACGCCGACGCGGGAAGGAGGCAAGCGGAGAAGUGGGGGGUCCUUUCCUGGCCGGCUCUGAUGCGACGUGCCCCCCACAUCCUUCUGGUGGGACCUGCAGGCAGGCGGGGGCGUGGUCCGUGUUCCUGGCUCCGCAGGCCAAGCCUCCCAGUGUCCCCGCCCCCACCCCCUCGUGCUGCUCCCGUGCGGCGGUGGCGGUGACCACGCUGUGAAGCCUUGGGAGCACAGGGCAAGGCCCGCUGGGUGUGCGGCCGCUGCGCUUCAUACUUGGUCCAGGCCUGCGGCUCGCCCCGAGGCUCGUUCCGAGGCUGCUCCGUCCAAGCCUUCGCUCAUCCUGGGAGUCCACUCAGAUUGAAGAUGAGCCUUUCUGAUGAAAAACCAGCCGCAAACGCAGACGGUGGGAUCUGCCUCUGGAGCGCAGGCCUCUGUGCGGUUUUCACUGGUAGUGGCCGUUGGUGGCAUUCACACUGGCGUCUCUGGCGUCGGGUGGGGCCCUGAGGGACUAUGGGGCCGAAGCGCAGGCAGCGGCCUGGGUGGUGCCAGGCAGGGCCCGUGGUGCUGGACGGCGAGGGCUUGUCACCUACGCAGCCGGGGGCUGAGUACGUGUUGUUUCCCACUUGGCACAUCCGGGCUGGUUCUGGUUUCCGGCUCGUGGGUGAGUGUCAGGGUCCGUGCAGAGCGGCCCCCGCAGGCGUCCCUUGCGGCAGACUGUGCACCCCACUCGUCAGGGCCGCUUCUGGCCCCUUAACUGGUUGCAGGUGAGGAUUCAGAAAGGCUGAAGAAAGAUGUGGUUGGAGGCCUAAAGGCAGCUGGGAUUUUGAUAAAGCUGGUCCCAAAAAGGAACCUGAAUGACCCAAUUUAGGGACCAACUACCCCCAUGUGGUGUGACUGGGGGAAGGCAGCAGUUGGAUCUGGGUUGGUCUUCGGACGUUUCCCCCUGGUUGGCGCCACCGUCCCUCGCUGCUGAGCUGCCGUGACGCCAGGGAGUCUGUUGUGCUUUGUAGUGGUAAGAGUCUCAGGUGCGCCUCUGUGUGACCUGUGCACGUGCUGUCCUGAACUUGACCGGGAAGGACGUGAUUGGAGAUUUCAGAUGCGAGUCUCUGGAUUCCUCUGUGUUGGGGCUGAAGGUUCCCUGCAUGACGCUGUUGAAAACGGCCUUGAUUUCUUGGCUGUAUGACUCGGGUCUGGUGGUCCCUCUGGUUGUGCUGGCCCACCAGCUCAGAUGCAGUGUCUCCUGCUGGGGAGCGGGUUUGGAGGCCUUGCAUGGUGGCAGUUCCAGAAUCUUCCCUCCCACGGUCCAGACAGAGCCUCCUUUCCUGGCCUCACCCCUUGGUCCCUUCGUCUGGGCAGCUGGCUCCUGUGGCUGUUGCUCAGGGCGCAGCCACCUUCCCCUCCUGUCCUGAGCCAGGUGGCUGGGGUGGGUGCUUGUACCCCCGGCAUUCCUCCUGGCCGAGGCGGGGGGCAGAGGGCUGUCACGGUGGGCUAGGGGAAGGAGCAGGCCGGACCUGCGUUCCCGCCUCGUGUGGAGCCGCCGCCCCUGACCUCCUCUUUCCCUGAGAAGCCGGCACAGCUUACUGCUGCGGCCCAGUCAGCCACGGCCCCUCCAUCAGCCAGCUGGUCCUCUGUGCCCUGACGGCUGCCGUGCUCGGGGCUGAGUUUCCAUCUGUGGGUUGUGCGGGUGUCUCACACCGAGGUGUGGUCACCUCGUAGUGCCCGCGAGCAGUGACAGGGAGGACCCUGCUAUAGUCCCCGUACUUGGCUAACGUGGUUGCGGGAAUCUUGGGCUCUCUGAGCCUCUCGUGCCUGCGGUGUCUGGUGUGUUCAGGAUGAGUGCCCUGUGUAGACUCGGUGCUUUGAGGGGGCUGCCCUGCUGUGUGUUGACCUCUCACCCCGUCUGCCUCCCUGCUCCAAGUGUCAGGAAGGCUUGUGGGCCUGUUCUCGUGGAGACCUCCCUGGCUUGAGGCUGGUGCAGCCCAGGCCACGGCCAGUCCCGGUGCUGACUACGUCACCCUCCUCGUCUUUGCAUCUGGGAGCCCUGGAAUGUAACCUGGCUACGCGUUCUCAGAAGCGUUGAGUGAGUAGAGAAAGUCGUGACGCCGUCGGUUUGCCUGACGCUGUGCACGGGGCCGGGACAGUGCCAAAUUACUGAGUGCUUGGUGGCCUGCAGGCCAGCUGUCGGGAGGCAUGGGUGACCGGCGACGACACCAAGGCUGGGGCCUUUCUGUGCUCACAGGGAGACCAGCCAAAACCUAGGAAGGGGUCGGAACCUGUGCUUUUUCAGUCUAAUUUUAUUUUUGGUUGUUAUUUGAGAUCACAUAGCCUACUUGGAGAAGAAACAUCGUGCCGCUUGAUCCUGAAGUCCCACGGCCUGAGCGCCACAGGUGAGGUGCGGGGAGCUGCCGCCCCUCCCCGGCAUCUGCUCUGGGGUAGGGUGGGCUGGAGCUGGGACGCUGCAGGGCCGUGCCCCCAGGAAGCCGUGGCUGUGAGCCUGCGCCCAGCGUGGUCACCUGGGCGGGACCUUGUGGGGCUGUUUCUCCAUAAACCAGCUUUUGAAUCUUA